AUGUCCUGGGAAGGGUUUAAGAAAGCACUCAACCGCACUGGCGGCUCCAUCAUGGUGAAGGCAACCGACAAAACAAUGGACAAGGACUACGACACAGAGGAAAGGCGCUUCAGAACGCUCGAAAAGGCCGGAAAUAUGUUGCAGACCGAAACAAAGGCCUAUUUGGACUCCCUUAGAGCCGUGACCGCGUCUCAGGUGACUAUCGGCGAAAUUAUUGCCAACUUGUACGAGGAAACGACCGUUGCUGGCUCCGUCUAUAACAAUACGGGGAAGCAGUAUCUCCAGUGUGUGAGAGAAUUCGACGAAGAAACCGUCAAACAGCUUGAUGGGCCGUUCAGAGAAACAGUUUUGGACCCGGUUUCCACCUUUGCGGGGUAUUUUUCCGAGGUGAACGAGGCUAUCAAGAAGCGCACUAACAAGAAGACCGAUUAUGACCAGUGCAAGUCCAAGGUGAGACGGUUGGUGGAUAAGCCAGCGAAGGACGCAGCAAAGUUACCUAGGGCCGAGAAGGAGUUACAAAUAGCGAAAGAGAUUUACGACGACUUGAAUGAGCAAUUGAAGGCAGAGUUACCGCAAUUGAUUUCGGUCAGGGUUCCGUUCUACGACGCGUCCUUCGAGGCAUUGGUGAAGAUUCAAUUGAGGUUCUGUACCGAGGGGUACACUCGUCUUGCGCAGAUUCAGCAGUACUUGGACCAGGAAUCGCGUGACGAAUACGUCAACGGGGUUUUGGAUUCCAAGAUCGACGGUUUGCUUGCGCAGAUGAACAGUUUGAACAUCUGUGCCUUGGGUGCUAAAUAA